CCCCAGCCCCAAACCCCACUGCCUCGUGCCCCCCCAACCCCAAAACGUCGGCCCCCAUCGCCCCUUUCCCGUCGCACCCCCGCGCCGCUGGGGCGCAGCGGGUUCGGCGCUGGCUCCGCCGCCGCCGGGUGAUUCAUCCCCAAGCAGCCCUCCCCGCGCCAGGAGCUGCCAAAAAUAGGGCUGCGGGGAGAGCUGAUGGGGUGGGGGGGGGGGGGUGUAUGGGGUGUGGGGGGGGGAUAAACCCUCCAAAUAACCUCCCCUGCCUCCUUCCCCCUCGCUAAACCCGCGGCCGGCCGGGAUGGCGGCCACCGGGAGACGGCUCGGAGCCUCCAUCGCCCCCACCCCGGGGACCCCCCCACGGCGCUGGGGGGGGCCACGCUCCGGUUACCACGGGCCACGCCACGUCCCGGCCCCGCGUCCCCCUGACGCCCUGCGAUCCCUCACCCCGCGUCCCCCCACCCCGAGCGAGGAUGCUCCAGGACCACCCCGACCCCGCCGCGUCCCCCCUGCCCUGAGCGGGCGAUGCGGCUCCGGGCUCCUCGGCACCGCCGCGCUCCGUCCCGGUGGCUCUGAGCGUGCCAUGCCCAGCCCCGUGCGGCGCCCCCCGGGGCCCGCGGCGCCCCCCGGUUUGGCCAUGCUGCCCGCGGACGGCUCGGCCCUGCUGCGAGCCGUGGCCCAGGGUAAAUUUCGUCUCACCCGGCUGCUGCUGGAAGGGGGAGCCUACAUCAACGAGGAAGCCGCCGGGCAGACGCCGCUGAUGGCCGCGUGCCGGGCGCGUUACGCCGACCCCCUGGAGCAGCCCCGAAUGGUUCGGUACCUCCUGGAGAACGGCGCCGACCCCAACAUCCCCGACAAAACGGGCAAGAGCCUGAUGCACGCCUGCGCCGAGCGCGCCGGGGCCGCCGUGGCCGCCGUGCUGCUGGCCCACGGCGCCGACCCCAGCGCCCGCGAUUACGCCGGUGCCUCCGCUCUGGUUUACGCCAUCAACCGGGGCGACCGGGAGACGCUGCAGGCGCUGCUGGACGCCUGCAAGGCGCAGGGCAAGGAGGUGAUCAUCAUCACCAGCGACACGUCGCCCUCGGGCACCAAAACCACGCGGCAGUACCUCAACUCGCCCCCCUCGCCGGGGCUGGAGGAGAAGCGCUCGCCGGCGCUCUGCAUGUCCCCAUCCGACAUCGAGGUGCGCACGGCGGCCUCGCCGCGCGGCAGCGAGAAGGAGGAGGAGCGCGACGUCUUCCGCUUCCCACCGCCGCCACCGCCGGUUGCCGCCACCACCGCCACCGUGCCGGAGCCCCCCGCCGGGGGCCGGCCGCUCAAACGCCUCAACUCGGAGCCCUGGGGGUUGGUGGCCCCGGGGGUGGAGGCAUCGCGGGUCCCCCCGGAGCGUUUGGCACCGGGGUUGGAGGGGCUGAGCCUCGGCACGCGGCCCCGGCGUCACAGCGUCGAGGGCAGGGAGGCCGCGGGGUUGGCGGGGGCGGCCUGGGCCGAGCGGGUGCCCCCGGCUUGCCCCCAGCCCCUGGCCCGGCGCAACACGGCCCCCGAAGCGGCGCGGGUCAAAGCGGGGCGCCGCGAGCCCCCCGACCCCGAGGGUUGCCCUUGGCCCCCUUCGCCACCCCCCUCGCCGGGGCGCGGGCGGCGCUGCGCGGCCUCGGCCAUGCCGCUGCCGACCCCCGAGUCCCCCCCCGGUGCCCGGCGCCGCGCUCCCGGUUUGUUGGAGCGCCGCGGCUCCGGCACCCUCCUGCUGGAGCCCCUGGCUUCGGGGCGCGCCGGUUUCUUGCCCCCCCUGCACGCCGGCCCCCACCCCCCCGGCCCCCGAGGGCUCCCGGUUCCCGGCUCGCCCAAGGGGCGCCGCAAGCUGCUGCGCCGCCACUCCAUGCAGACGGAGGAGAUGCGGCUCCUGGCCAACUUCCAGAGCGCCCUCAGCCUGGAGCCGGGCACCUAAGGGGCCCCACGGCCCCCCCGGAGCCAUGCCCGCAGCGUCCCCUUCCCUGCCCUCGUGUGCCGGCCCGGAGGGGGUCCCGGUCCCGGUCCCGGCUGCCGUGGGGACACCCCGUGAAGGGACCCUGCUCGUGGGCUGCCGGCCUCUCCCGUGGUGGCCGUGAGCCUGCCGGGGCAGCGGAGACCCCCCCACGGCACAGGCACCGGUGGGGGUCUCCCCGGGCUGGCUGCUGGCAACGUUCACUCUGAAGCCUACUGAGGCUGCGGGGGGGACCCGAAAAAACUCUUCCCUUGCUGCCGCUGGCAGAACCUUUGCACGUUCGGCAGGAGCUGGCACCCCCCGGCUCCCCGCAUCUUCAUCUUCAUCUUCAUCCCGCUCCUUCCUCCCCCCCCCCCAGCACCGCUUCUCUCCGUGGAUCUCGCGGCAGCAGCGACAACCGGACCCCACCUCCUGCUUCCCCCCCCCCCUUUUUAGGUCCAGCUUUUGGGGGGGG